CAAAGACCGACGAGGACGACCCGACGACCCUCCUCGGCGUGCCUGCGGCGUUCGAGGGCAGCUCCUGCUUUGCCGGCGUGCCGCCGCACGAGCGCGCCUGGUGGCGCUUCUGGGUUCCACAGGACUGGGUGCCGCCGCUCCGGGUGGAGGUCAGGCUCCCAUCCGGCCUGCUCGUCAUCGCCCUGCCUCCCGCCGGCUCCGCCGGCUCGUACCUGCGCUUCUCCGCCCCCAAGAGCGAGCUCGUCUCCCAGAAAAGGGGGCCGGCCAAGCAGGACCUGCCCCGCUCGCCGGCGCGGGACCUGGCACACUGCGCGUACUGCCAGCGCACCGACUGCCAGUGCCCCGUCAAGAGCCAGCUCGGCAGGCGCCUCUCCUUCUCGCGCCGCAGCUCGGUGCGCCGCGUAUGGCUCGACGACCGAGGGCGAGGCGAGUGGGCCAAGGAGCAGGCCGAGAAGAGCUUCGAGAAGGCGCUGGCCGCGACGGGCCUGCCGGCGCGCAACCCGUUCGAGAAGCAGCUCGCCGAGGAGGCGAUGGCCAAGGGGAAGAGGCCGCCCACCACCUCCGGCUCUCCCCUCGCCGCCGCGCUGGCGGCACGCUCGCUGCGCGAGUGCGAGUCGCUCGCCGGACCGGCGCUCAUCUCGACGCCGCUCUCGGCGGGCCCGUGCGGCGUCACCUUCCGCAGCCGCUCCGUGCCUCCGUCCGUCGAGGCGGUGACGUCCUCGAGCCAGCUCGGCGGCGUGCUCUCUCCCGGCGACGUCGUCGCCUUCAUCAGCCUCGGUGGGGAGACGGAGACCGCCUGCGCCACGAUGAACGGCGAAGACCUCGCCGCCGCCUUGCGGGCGCACGCGGAGAGCGGUGACCGAACCCUCCACUGGAUCGCGGGCGGGCGUGUCGCCGAGCUGCUGGCUUCCGUCGCCGAGCACGAGGCGUCUUUGGUGACCGACAUGGCGGCGCCCAGCUGGGAGGCGCCCGAAGGCGGGAGCGAGCCGACCACUCGGGUGGUGCUGCCCAGCGGGAAGAAGGCGACCCCCAACCAUCUGCAACUCGCCCGCAUCGGCGCCUUCGGGGGAUGGCCGUCGGAGCGCGGGUGAUGCCUGCGAGGCGCGGGUGUGCAGUCUCGCUUUGGAUAGAUAGAUAGAAACCUUGGCGAAACGCCGAAUUUCUACGUGGUGGACCUGUACCUGCUUUUGUUCCUGUAAUGUGUAAAG